AUGAUGAACAAGAAGGCGCCGGCGCCUGAGUACUAUGGAUCUGAAUUAUCGGUGUGGUGGGACAUGGACAAGUGUCCGAUUCCCGAUGGUUAUGAUGCUUGGAAGGUCGGUCCGUGUACAAAAGCGGAGCUGGAGAAGUUAGGCUACUCUGGUCCUCUCACCAUCUUUGGCUUGGGUGACCUAAAACAGAUCCCUGAACUCGUCUUGCAAGCCUUAUUUUCCACUGGGAUCGUUCUUAAAACAGUCCCAAACAGAACACGACGCUCAAGCAUUUAUUGGUUCAUGUUAUUUUGGAAACUCAAGCAUCCCGGUCCGCAUACAAUGAUGGUCAUAACCGAUUCCCUCGGUCUCGAUCACUUCUAUGGUGCUCUUUCCUCGCACCAAGAAAGACAUAAAUGCAACAUUCUUCUGGCUUAUCCAGAUGAUGCGAUUCUGAAGGAAGAUUAUUCCCUGGUCAUUCACCGGUGGUUCUGGAAAAGCUUGCUGAAAGGUGUCUCUUUCUUUCAGAGUGAGCUUGGACUUGGGCCAAAGGAAACUUUCUUAACGCCGUUGAUCCGGCCAAAGGCCAAGAAGAUGAAGAGAAAGGCCAAGAAGAUGAAGGUUGAAGCCGGAGUUGAUUCGACCAAGAAGCAGCCAAAGGCAAGUAAACCUGAUUUCUCUCAGUUGCUGGACUCCACAUGUGAACAUGACUUUUGUUUUGAGCGCUCUUUUAAAACAUUGCAGAGAAAGGCCACGAAGAUGAAGUUGGCGUAUGAAGCAUCAACCCCAAGACCAUGA